GUAAUUCAUAGAGGAAGCUAUUGUAGUUCGAGGUUAUAAUAAUAAUUCGCUCGUGUGUGGAAUUUGUAUUUAAACUUUGAAAAAAUUUGAGGUGAAACUAUAAAUCUUACAUUCCACGAUGAAUUCCAGUGAUAGUGAAAUGAGUGACAGCGAUAUAGAGCUACAAAAUGCAUUUGCAGAUGGCAGACUUAAGCCAGGUUUGAAUGUAGUGGCAGAAGCCCCAAAGAAAUUUAUUAAUAAUGUGGUUGGCCUACGCCAGAAGUUGGAAGACUUCAAAUUAAAUCUCAAAUGGAUAGAAAUGCUUGAUUGUGUUAGUCAACAAGCUCCUCUUGCACCAGAACUUGCAGCUCGCAUUCUAACUGAAGAGCAAAAACGGGAAAACGAGAAGAAAAACAACAAAAAACUCCCCCAAUUUAAGCCAGAAGAUGAUCCAGUGUUGAAUGACUUCAAGAGAGAAACAAUUUUUCAUAGACAGGCACAGAGUACAGUAUUAGAAGCAUUCCCUCGAAUAAAAUCACUAGGAAUACCAACAAUGAGACCUGAUGAUUAUUUCGCAGAAAUGGCAAAGUCAGAUGAUCAAAUGCAGAAAAUAAGAACUGCAUUAAUGAAAAAGCAGGCCCAACAGAAACAAAGUGAAAGGGUUAAGGAACUGAGACAACAGAAGAAGGAAGGCAAGAGAAUACAAACUGAGAAAAAACUACAACAACUCAAAGAACGAAAAGAAAUGCUUGAGGAAGUUAAGAAAGUGAGAAAAGGUGUAAGGAAGGACUUGGACUUCUUAAAUAACAAAAAGAAAGGCCCCUCAAAGGGAACCUUAGAAAAGAGGAAACUCAAAGAUAAGAAAUUUGGUUUUGGAGGUAAGAAAAGAGGACUAAAAACCAAUACAAAGGACAGUAGUGCAGACUUCAGUCUGUACAAAAAUAAUAAACAAGGUAAAAAUAAGCAGCAAGGUAAAAACAAGAGACUAGGAAAAAAUAGAAGGAAACAAUCUAAAAAAUAGUACAUUUCCUGUAUAUUAUAUAUAUUGUAUAUUAAAAUUUAUGAUGAUUCAA